AUGCAUUUCUCCAAAUCUCAUGCUAUGGCCACCUUGGCCCUCGUCGCUGGUACAGCCCACGCUGGCGCAGCACACCAGAAGGAAACCGUCACCACCAUCUGCGCAACCACUACCAUCUACGCGCCUUUCCCUCCUCCCGUCGAGACCUCCACCCCCGAGACUACCUGGGUGACCACUACCACGACCAUCUGUGACAAGAACACCUGCCACGAGAAGCCCACAUCGAUCCCCAUCGUCGUCCCUACACAGAAGCCCGAGGAGCCCAAACCUCACCCCAAGCCGCAGCCUCAGCCUGAAACGACCUGGGUGUCAACCACCACCACCAUCUGCGACAAGAAUACCUGCCACGAGAAGCCCACCUCUAUCCCCAUCGUCGUCCCUACGCAGACUCCCGAGAAGCACAAGCCUCAUCCCAAGCCCCAGCCCCAGCCCGAGACCACCUGGGUGUCAACCACCACGACCAUCUGCGACAAGGACACCUGCCACGAGAAGCCCACAUCGAUCCCCAUCGUUGUCCCUACACAGAAGCCCGAGGAGCCCAAACCUCACCCUAAGCCGCAGCCGCAGCCCGAGACCACCUGGGUGUCAACCACCACGACCAUCUGCGACAAGGACACCUGCCACGAAAAGCCCACCUCCAUCCCCAUCGUCGUGCCCGUGCCCGCAGUCCCCACUUCAACCCCUUCUUCCGGCCCGGCUCCCGCCCCCGCCCCCGAAGUCAAGCCCAGCAACGAGGUGCCAGUGCCCCCAGCACCCACCAAGUCCAGCACCCCCCCAGUGAUCCCAACCGUCGCGCCUGCCCACCCCACCUCCAAGGCUAUCAUCGUCAUCCCGAGCUCCUCCUCGGCGCACAUGCGCAGCUCCGCAGCCAUCAAGCCCACCACCACGACCAGAACCACCAAGGGCGGGAAAGAGACGGCAAAGCCCACCAACGCUCCCCAGCAGCCUCCUUCGACCUCCGCCCCCGUUCUGCCCUCGAGCCCUGGCUCCAGGGUGAUUGUGCCCGGGCUGGCGAGCAUGGGUGCGCUUGCCUUGGCUUUGUUUUACCUGGCUUAG